UAAUGAAUAAAUACACAGUGAAAAACAAUAACGAGUAAAAAUGACUUGCCUAUAUACAGGGAGUACCAGUACUGAGUCGAUAUAUAUAAGACCUAUGGUCUUUUUUUUUUCUUGUUGGAAAAGGACCGUAAGUAAGCAUUUCACUGUUGUUUUCAAAGCAUGUGACGAAUAAAAUGUGAUUUGCUAUUUGUCUAAAGCGAUCCACUACUGGUAGUAGCAGAAUGUCAAGUAUCUGACCUCACCGACCUCAACGUCUAACAUUACCAAUAUUAACAGUUAGGAAUACCACCCAAACUACUGGUACCUGUUCAAUAGGAUUUUCCUGAGUUUACACAUGAUCAAAGUAAAAUAUGUCUAUUCAAACCUAUAGCCUUUCAAAAUUCUCCUCCUUCAACCUUUUAUCUGUGUCCUGGACUAUAUGAACUAUAUGAACCUCAGAGUUCAGGUUUAGAGUUAGGAUGAUGAUCCCUGGCAUGGGCACUGGGCAGCGAGAGGUCAGGGUGAGAGAAGGGUUAAGUAUUUUUGUUGUGUUGAUCUGUUGUGUUGUACGAUGAACCCUCCCAGCCCCUUCCCCCGGGGGCCCGUGGCCCUGGGCUGUUAUAAAUAGUCCCAUGGGCUCUCCCUGCUCUGACAGAGAGGCUGAAUGUCUGCAGGACAUCCUUUUCUCUACUAACCACCAGCAGGGUUGGCAUACCAACACUCCGCUCCACACAGACAGGACGAGCAGGGUUGGCAUAUAGACGCACAGAGACCCACGCUCCGCUCCACAAAGACAGGACCAGCAGGGUUGGCAUAUAGACGCACAGUGACCCACGCUCCGCUCCACACAGACAGGACGAGCAGGGUUGCCAUAUAGACACACAGAGACCCACGCUCCGCUCCACACAGACAGGACCAGCAGGGUUGGCAUAUAGACGCAUAGAGACCCACGCUCCAUCCACACAGACAGGACGCGGUUUUCUAUAACUGGACUGAAAACAGCUUACAGAAAGCAACAUUGCAGAUCAUUGGAAGUCAGUAAAGUUAGUGACUCCUAGAGAGUUGCAUGUGGAACUGUUGUUUACGUGCGGAAGCAUCUUUAGGUUUAGGGGCCAGUUUUGCUUUGAAGUUUGCUCUCUUUUUUUAAUCUUACCUUGAAGGCAUCACUGAGAUAAGUCAUUAUUGAUACGGUAAGCAGAGCUAAACUCACUCUAAAGGAGAAUACACAUUUGGGAUAGCCAUUUGGGCUAGCCUCUUGACUUUUUGGCCACCAUGUGGGAGUUCCGUUCCAUGUCGUUCUGGCGGGCAGUGUUCGCUGAGUUCUAUGGCACCAUGUUCUUUGUGUUCUUCGGUCUGGGGGCGGCUCUGCGCUGGACCACCGGGUCCCACAACGUUCUCCACGUGGCUUUCUGCUUCGGCCUGGCCGCUGCCACCCUCAUCCAGUCCAUCGGUCACAUCAGUGGUGGACACAUCAACCCGGCUGUCACCUUCGCCUACUUGAUUGGCUCCCAGAUGUCCCUGUUCCGUGCUGUCUUCUACAUCGUGGCCCAGUGUCUGGGGGCGCUGGCUGGGGCCGCUGUGCUCUACUCGGUCACCCCCAACAACAUGAGGGGCAACCUGGCACUCAACAUGCUGCAGCCAGGUAUCAGCCUGGGCAUGGCCACCACUGUGGAGGUGUUCCUCACCCUGCAGCUGGUUGUCUGCAUCUUCGCUGUGACCGACGAGAGGCGUAACGGACGCCUGGGCUCUGCCGCCCUGGCCAUCGGCUUCUCUGUUCUCAUAGGACAUCUGUUGGGGAUGUACUAUACUGGUACUGGAAUGAACCCUGCCAGGUCCUUCGCCCCCGCUGUGCUGGUCAGAAAAUUUGUCAACCACUGGGUGUACUGGGUGGGUCCGAUGAUUGGCGGUGCUAUGGGAGCUAUUAUCUAUGAUUUCAUGCUGUUCCCCCGCAUGCGCAGCCUCUCUGAGAGGAUGGCAAUCCUGAAGGGUACCAGGCCCCCAGAGGCUGAGAGCCAGCAAGACGCCAGAGGAGAGCCCAUCGAGCUCAAGACUCAGGCCCUAUAAGCCUGGUGAAGAAAGUUGGCUUUCUGAACCCCAUAUUCCCCUAUUCUGUACACAAACCUCCUCCGAAACCUCAACCCUACCCAACACACAUACACACACAUUUCUCUUCCUCUCUAACCCACACACCCACAUAGUACACACAGACCAUCACGACAACUCCACCUUUCUCACCCUCCUCAUCCUUACUCUGCUGAUCCAGAAACAGUACAUGCUGAAUUACUGGGCAGCCAAAGCUCUAACCCUCCUCCAACCUGUGAACUAUGACCCCCUCCCUCCCUUGGACUGCAGGACAAAGAUGGAGGGUAAGAAGAGGACUUAGUGGCCACUGAAGAAAGCACCCUGCUGCGGCCUGUUGUGUAGGGAGUGGGUCAGUCCUGGCUGACCAGGUGGCUGUAACUGCUCAGGACAGGGGCAUGUCUCUCUCUUCUUUUCUAUCUAUAUUUUGUAGUCUGCUAGGAGUGUAGCUACAGUAGAGCAGUGAACUUCAUGCUUUUUCAAUUUUUUUUAUGAAACUUCUGGUACCUGAUGUGUAUGUUAUUAUUAUGCCCUUGAAGAAUUUCCAGGGAUUUUUUUCAACUCUAGUUAUAUUUUCAAGUCAUGCGUUGUGUUGUUUGUGCGUGUUUUAGGAGACCAUUGUCUCAUUAACAAUUCCUUUGUUCGUCAUCAUGCUGUUUUACAGUACGUAGUUUACCUUUAUUUAACUAGGCAAGUCAGUUAAGAACAAAUUCUUAUUUACAAUGACAGCCUACGGGGGAACAGUGGGUUGACUGCCUUGUUCAGUGACAGAACAACAGAUUUGUACCUUGUUAGACUGCAGCCUAUUCUAAGGGAAAGAAGCAUCUUUUGUCCCCCUCUUCCUUCAAUGAAAGUUCUGAUUCAUUACUAGCAACAUAUUUAGAGUGGUCCCCUUUUGUCCAAAAGCCCUUCAAUUUUUAGCUGUCUUUUUAAAAAUUGUUCUGUCUAAUUGUAGACUGUCUCUUCUAGGGGAGCACAAACAGUCAGAUUUAUAUGAAAAUUAACACACAACACACACAAAAACUCAAUCUCCAUUUCUAUUUAAACACAUUAUCUUGAAAUUGUAUAUUAUUUUUCAUUUAGUAUUACAAAAUUCCACUUCUUUGACCUGAUGUCUCUCGUCAACUUUGACUUUUUACAGCCAUGAUAUGUGCCUGAAGACAUAAAAGGGUUUAUUCUGUAUGCAGUUCAGUACCAGUAUUAUCUGUGCCAGACUGUUAUGUUUUACUCUGUUUCUGGAAUGCUGUUUUUUUUUCUUUCAUUAAAGGUUUUGCUGUUACAGCGGUUUCAUGUA